AUGAUUGAGGAUUAUUUGACAUUGACAACUAAAUUGGUCCAUGGAUACAUUGAGGAAUACGCACCGGUACAUUUGACGAGCAAGCUAGUAGAAUCGAGUAGAUUCAACCAAUAUUUGGUGAGCAACGGAGAUGAAUUGAAGGUGACGGUAAAUAUAAGUGAGGUCGCAGAAAGAACCAACUUGGUGAAUUUUAUUACUAUUGGAACGGAAAAGGUGGAUACUGUGUUAAUUGACUGGAACUCAGACGCACUAAAGACUGAAUUGCCACUUGAAGAAAUAACACCCGAAUUAAGAAAGGAAUUUGACCGCAAGAUUGAUUUGAGCAUCAACAGUAAGAUCAGUAAGCUAUUCCACUAUAGCGGAAGUGGUAGUCACGAAGAAGACCAACCAAGGGAUUUGAGACACCCCCCACACCCACACCCACACCCACAUAAUGCGGUGGGUGCAGAGACUUCCUCGUCUGCAAGAAGAAAUAUUCCAGCAGAUAUGCCAGGUUUCGAAGACGAAUAUGAGAUUUUGGGAACGGAUAAGACGAGCGCAACUAGUAGACCGUUUCCUAACAUUGGCGACAGAGACUUAAACCCACCGGGAUUACCCAAGUAUCCUGAAAUGAAACCUUAUCUUGAUCCAACAGGGGGAGACGGUGAUGGUGGAAUGUACCCUCUGGGCGAACACCCGAUAUUUGGAGGUCAUAGGAACAGCGGAAACUCUUCGAGAUUGGGAGUUCCUCCUGGAGCUAGAUAUGAUGAUCCUAUGGGCGAGGAUAGUUUGGAUGCGCUAGGUAGUGGCUUGCCAGGCAAUAUGGGAGGUAGCCUUGGUAGAGGAAACUCUGGAUCAGGAUUUCCUGGCUUUGGUAACCCAGGAUCAGGAAAUUCAGGCUCUGGACCUUUUGGAUUCUGA